AUGUUGCCGCCACCGCCAGCGCCACGAUUCAAAUUCACCGCCGCCGCCGCCGUUGAGCACGCCUCGCGUCAAUCACACAUCACACAAAUUCACCACGCGUGCGGCUCCGUCGCCCGCCACGAGCGCGAGCCGCUCACCCGGCCGCCGCUACACACCCCGGAGCUGCGCCGCCCGCCGGAGCUGCGCCAGUCCGCUCGCCCGCUCGACCUCACAGCACGCUGCCCGACCAUCGCCCGCCCCCCACCGCCUGGCGCGCCUUCCGCCGCGAGCGCGGCCGCAGCUCACCCGGCCGCCGCUGCUCGGCCACCGCCCGCCGCCCGGCGCACCGCCGGCCACAAGCGCGACGCCCGACGCGUGUGCGGCUCCGUCGCCCGCCGCGAGUGCGGCCGCAGCUCACCCGGCCGCCGCUGCUCGGCCGUCGCUGCCCGCCCCGGUGCUGCGCCCCCCGCCGCGCUCGCCGGAGCUGCGCCAGUCCGCUCGCCCGCCCGUCCUCGCAGCGCGAUGCCCGACCAAUGCCCGCCACCGCCCGCCGCUCGGCGCGCCGCCGGCCACGCGUGCACCUCUCGACGCGCGUGCGGCUCCGUCACCCGCCGCGAGCGCGGCCGCAGCUCACCCGGGUGCCGCUGCUCGGCCGCCGCUGCCCGCCCCGGUGCUGCACCGCCCGCCGCGUCCGCCGGAGCUACGCCAGUCCGCUCGCCCGCCCGUCUUCGCAGCGCGCUGCCCAACCAUCGCCCCCACCCACCGCCCGGCGCGCCUCCCACCGCGAGCGCGGCCGCAGCUCAGCCUGCCACCGCUGCUCGGCCACCGCCCGGUGCGCCGCCGGCCACAAGCGCGACGCCGGUGCUAGAGUCGCGAGACCGUCGUCGUGCUCUGUACGUCCGUCGCCGUAGAUGGAGAGAAGGGCAUCUAUGCAAAUAG